AUGUCAAUUGAACUCAAAUAUAACAAUUUAGGUGAAUCGGGAUUAAAGAUUGCCCCAUUGAUUGUUGGAUGCAUGUCAUAUGGUUCAAAGAGGUGGGCAGAAUGGGUGUUGGAAGACGAAGAAGAGAUUUUCAAGAUUUUAAAGAAAUGUUAUGACGUUGGAUUAAGAACUUUUGAUACUGCUGAUGUAUACUCAAAUGGGAUAUCGGAAACAAUUUUGGGUAAAUUUCUUAAAAAGUAUGAUAUACCAAGGGACAGAAUUGUCAUCUUGACCAAAUGUUUUAUGCCCAUGAACCCAAGAGAUCCCGAUUUCAAUGCAAUCAGAGCCGGUAGUUUAAGUGAUAAGGAUUUUGCGAAUUCAAGAGGCUUAUCAAGAAAACAUAUUUUGGAUGCAGUGAAUGCUUCGGUGGAAAGAUUGGGAACUUACAUUGAUGUCUUGCAAAUCCAUAGAUUAGAUCAAUCAACACCAAAGAAGGAAAUAAUGAAAGCGCUAAAUGAUGUUGUUGAUCAAGGACUUACAAGGUACAUUGGUGCCUCCACAAUGAAAGCUACUGAGUUUGCUCAAUUGCAAUUUAUUGCCCAACAAAAUGGCUGGUAUAAAUUCAUUAGUAUGCAGAAUUACUACAACUUGAUUUAUCGUGAGGAAGAAAGAGAAAUGAUUCCAUUCUGUAAAAAUAACGAUUUGGGCAAAGUUGGUAUCAUCCCCUGGAGUCCAAUUGCUAGAGGCGUUUUGACAAGACCAGUUGGAGAAACUUCCAAAAACAAGAGAAACGAAUCUGACAAGACUUUUGCUACGUUGGGACUUGAUGCUUUAACUGAUGCUGAUACUGAAAUCAUCAAGCGGGUUGAGAAAAUUUCCAAGGAUCAUGGUGAAAGUAUGGCUGUCAUUGCAACAGCUUGGGUGAUUAGCAAAGGAUGUAAUCCAAUAGUGGGACUCAACUCUGAAAAGCGAGUUGAAGAUAUUAUCAGAGCAACAACUGUUGAAUUGAGUGAUGAAGAGGUUAAGUUUUUGGAGGAGCCAUACAAACCCAAAAAGUCGCUCUCUUAG